GGAGCUUUCCAUUUGGUGGAUGAUAAAAAUGUGAGCUGAAGAAUACGUUCUGACUUCUUGACUUUUCUGUACAGUACCUUUCUACUGCCAGGUUGUUCCAAGCCUCUUUCCCAGGGAUUUUACUUCAAAGGACUCAAUAUGCCUCCAAAGAGAGACACCGUUGCAGAGCAAGAAGCUCAGGCUUGGAUCCAAGAAAUCAUUGGAGAAAAAUUCCCAGGAGAAUACGACAAGUCCCUUAAAAAUGGCGUUAUCCUUUGCAAGUUGAUGCAAAAACUUCUGCCAGGGUCAAUUAAGAAAAUCGUCGAAACAGGGACGGACUUCAAACUGAUGGAAAACAUAAACGCAUUCAGUGCCGCAGCGAGAAAAUAUGGAAUCGACGAAAAUGAACUUUUCCAGACGGUGGACCUCUGGACAUUGAAAGGCAUUCCUUCAGUUACGAAGUGCAUCCAUGCACUUGGUAGACACGCGCAGAGGAAACCCGACUGGACCGGCCCAAUCCUUGGUCCCAAGAUGGCCGACGCCCAGAAACGUGAAUUCACGCAAGAACAACUUGAUGCAGGCAAGCACGUGGUCAACACCUUUCAGAUGGGAUUCACAGGUGGUGCAAGCCAGGCAGGCAUGAAUCUCGGAAAGCAGAGAAGCGUCCACGACUAGUUGCAGGAUGUUUAGUUUACUUUGCCUUAGCUACAUCAUUACAUCAUCGGACAUUAUUGCAGUGAUUGAAUGGAAAUAAACCGAGUAGGGUGAUGGCUACUGUAUGCACACGUACAUGUAGGUUAAUUCUGCCGACCACUCCAACCAGCGGUGAAUUUGUCUCCAAUGUACAUCUUGACCAUUUUGGUAUCGCCGCGAAGCCUUCGAUCGGCGCUCGGGUGGCCGUGGAGUUGGCUCAGGGUACAACGUAGCGAUAACUAUAGACUUGCAUAAUAAUUCAUACGUCCGAUCUGAAGAUGCUUUCAGCAACGCUUCAAGGCUGAUUACAUUGAUAAUCACAAGAGAGGCUCUUUUAGAAAUGUUUAACUGGCUCAUUUAAGGAACAAGUCACCAUCUAAUCGAGAACGCGGCAGCUUAAUCCAGAUUGCAGAUGAAUUCCUUUACUAAAACUAUAAGGAACCACCUUACCUUACCUACUAUUUCCCUUGGCACAAAUUAAACCUGCAGGAAGUAUCAUAGCACUCAAUGUAAUGGUAAUAAUCAUCAGAAACAAAUAAAUAGUUUAUAUAUCAUCA